AUGAGUGUCGCAAUCGCUUCCUUCUCCUCCAAUCACAUGGGAGAACCAUGGAGAGCUGCUGCGAGCCAGCGUGUACUUCCCCAGUACUUUCCUUUGCCAGCUGGAUACUCUUCUGCUCAGCGCAGUCGUCCUCUAGCCAACCCAGCUUCUACAGCCGCUGGCUACUCUCAGAGCACCCCUCGUUUCAUCAAUAGAAGCCAUUCAUCGCGAACCGUGCUCCAUGGUUGGCACCAAGUCGCCUACAUGUUCUCCGACGUGUACGAUUCAGAUGAUGCGUUGAAUCGCUCACCGCGUUUGCAGCCCUCAGUUGUCAACUAUGGACCCGAUCAAACUGUCCCGCCAUUCUUGCAGGAGAAGCAGCGACGAGCGUCGGCAAACGGCAAAAGAGACAGCUCUUCAAGUCCCACCAGCUCCGAAGGCCGCUCGCCCAAGCGUCGUCAGAAAAGGAGACUCAAACCAUCAUUAGCUGAUGUCGUCCUACUAAAUAAUCUAGCACCUAAUAAUCCAGAACUUGCUCGACAAAUUGGCGAGGGUUCGCCUCCGGUAGACACAGACUCCGAAGAUGACAGUCGAACGCGUGCGGCACAUAUCUCCUCCAGACCAAAUGACACUCAAGUUGUGGCUGCUAAAGAUGCUUUAAACCUGAUGACUGAGGAGCCAAAGCCCUCUUUGCCUUCGUUCCAAGAAUCGUUCCAAGGACUAGUAUCGCAAGAUCCGAUUUUGGCAGAAUCUCCUUUUCCAGUCAGGCAGACUUCCCCACCACGACCCUUGCAGCGCAUGGGAAGACCAAGACAAGAUAGUCUAGCAGCUUCCAAUGUAGGAAGAUAUACUAUUCCUCCGCCAAACAACCUUGAUUUUCCCGCCCUACAAGCACCAACACCCUCAGCAGCAGGCUCUCCGGAAAAUUCGCAGAGUUUGCCAUCUAUAGGGCAAGCAUUAGCAAGUCUAGAUGGCGGUGCUACACCUACCCCUUUUGGUGCUCCGACGCCAACUCCACAACUUUCACGAGGGCCAAGCACCUUGAGCACCAUAUCGACAGGGCCAACUCCUGAAUCGUCUUAUGCACCAUCGCAGAUGACCACUCCUUAUUCUCAUCCGUCCCCAAUGAGUUUGAAAGAUCUGUCAGCUACUUCGCCCCUUUCACAACCUCAAUAUGCUAUGCAGCCACCUAGUCUUACCCACGAUACGUCCAACAUGACAGCUUAUAGCGAAGUAUCAUUACGAGGAGCACCAGUCGGUAGGAGCCCUACACAUAGUUACCCAACGCCUACGGAGCUACGAGCAGCGGUUGAGGAACAUCCAGAUGGAAUCGCGGGUCCCAACAUAUAUAAAUGCCCGUAUCCUGGCUGUACUGCUGGCGCCUUCCAGACACAGUAUCUUCUAAACUCUCACGCCAACGUUCACUCCCAAGAUCGCCCACAUUUUUGUCCCGUCGCGGGUUGUCCUCGCGGAAUAGGAGGCAAAGGAUUCAAGAGGAAGAAUGAGAUGAUUCGUCAUGGGCUUGUGCACGAUUCACCAGGAUAUGUGUGUCCGUUCUGCAUUGAUCAACAACAUAAAUACCCUCGCCCCGAUAAUUUGCAAAGACAUGUGCGUGUCCACCAUGUUGAUAAGGACAAAGACGAUCCAUUGCUACGAGACGUUCUUGCUCAAAGGCCAAAAGCGGUCUAUAUUGCCAUUGGACGCAACAUGACCGUCUUGGGGCAGAGGAUGGACUCAAGCCUUGGCUUGUGUUCGCAAGGGACCCCAAGCCUCGAUACAACGAUCGUACCCGAUCAUCACAUGUUUGAUGUAGCGUGA